AUGCAUGACACCGGUAUCCGAGGAGAUUAUAAGCUUGGCACUUAUACAAUCCUAGGUGACGAUGGGAACAGAUCGAAACUUCCACGAGCCGGAGAUCGAUCAGCGAUGUCCGAGCCCAGCAGCUCUUCUUCAAAAUCACCAUUGUGGGUGACAGUCAACUCCGCGGGUCGGGAGGAAGAUAUGGAAAUGUACGACGAGGAUUCUGAUGAAGAUAUCAGUGAAGGGGAAGUUGACCGUGCUAUCCAACAUGCAUUACGUCAAGAUUAUCACCUGGUGCAUGAGAAUGAUGAUGACAACUCUGAAGAUUAUUCCGGAGACACCAAAUUCCUGUCGGGAAACUGA